GGGUCUGCCGGUUAAACUCAGAACCAGUCAGAAGCUAACUAAAAAUAACCCGCAUUUAAGUUGUAUUUCAGUUGACAUUUUAAUACUCCCGUUAACUAUUUUAUCGUUAACUACUAUUUUAACUGCUCUCGUGUAUUUUUACACUUCAACUAUGCUGCGAUAGCUAACUUUAGCCAGGCUACCGUUAGCAGCAGUAAAAUCCCUUUCACCGCCGUUCAUGGAUAAAUAACGAAUAAUCAAUGCAACCAAACAGUUGAAGUGAUUCACCUCUGUUUCACUGCAAGACUGCUGCGGGAUGAUCUCUCAGGUCUUCAUCUUGUCUUCAAAGGGCGACCACCUCAUCUAUAAAGACUUCCGUGGGGAAGCUGGAAGUGACGUUGUCAGUAUUUUCUAUGAGAAGGUCACAGCGCUGACUGGAGACCAGCCCCCGGUUGUCAUGAGUCACAAAGGUCUUCACUUUGUCCACGUCAGGCAGGGAGGACUGUACUGGGUCGCCACGACCUCCGCCGACUCCUCACCUUUCACUGUCAUCGAAUUCCUCAACAGGUUAACAGCUCUGGUUAAAGAUUACUGUGGCAGUCUGUCUGAGAAGUCGGUGCAGAUGAACUUUGCCCUGAUCUACGAGCUGCUGGACGAGGUUGUGGACUACGGUUACAUCCAGACCACGUCCUCUGACGUCCUGAAGAACUUCAUCCAGACUGAGGCUGUUUCCUCCAGACCGUUCAGCCUGUUUGACCUCAGCAACGUCGGCUUGUUUGGAGCAGAGACGCAGCAGAGUAAGGUGGCUCCCAGCUCUGCAGCCACCAGGCCCAUCCAGUCCAGCAGAGAGCAGGGAGGAAAGAGUGAGAUAUUUGUGGAUGUGAUUGAGAGGAUGUCGGUCGUCAUCGGCUCCAACGGAGUUUUGAUGAAGGCAGACGUCGAGGGAGAGAUCAGAGUGAAGUGCUACAUGCCGAGCUGCUCAGAGAUGCGAAUUGGUCUGAAUGAGGAGUUCAGCAUCGGCAAGUCACAGCUCCGAGGUUACGGGGCCGCCGUUCGUGUCGAUGAGUGCAGCUUCCACCAGGCGGUCCGACUGGACGAGUUCGACAGCCACCGGAUCCUCCGACUCUGCCCGAGCCAGGGAGAGCAAACAGUGAUGCAGUACCAGCUGAGCGAUGAUCUGCCUUCAGCUCCUCCUUUUCGUCUCUUCCCAACCAUCGAGAGAGACAGCGGAGGAAGGCUGCUGAUGUACCUGAAGCUUCGCUGUGACCUGCCACCUAAGAGCGCUGCCAUCAACGUGUGUGCCACCAUCCCUGUUCCCAAAGGCUCGGUGAGUUUGUCACAGGAGCUCAGCAGUCCGGAUCAGAGCGCCGAGCUGAAGCUGCAGAGCAGAGCUGUUGUUUGGCAGAUCCCGCGCUUCCCUGGAGGAACACAACUGUCUGCCCUGUUCAAGCUGGAGGUCCCCGGCCUCAGCUCGGCCUCCAUGUUGGAGGUCGGCCCGGUCGGUCUGAGCUUCGAGCUGCCAAAGAUCACCGCCACAGGGCUGCAGAUCCGCUUCCUCCGCCUGUCGCCCGUCCAGCCCGGCCCGUCACAGCGCUGGGUCCGAUACAUCACCCACUCUGACUCCUACACCAUCCGGAUUUAACCGUGUCCCUCUGCUCACGGCCUUGGAUGGUGAACGUGUCUCAUCAGUUUCAUGAUGAAGCAGCAAGAAAAGGAUUUUUAUUGACUGAUGAUCUUACAGGAAGAAAUGAUGCCAGUUUUUUCCCUUUCAAAAUAAUAUGUGUGUCAUUGGUUAAUAUCUGUUGUAUUUAUUUUUUUUGAAAGGUGCAGACGGCUGGGUUUACCUCUGCUUUACAAACUGGACUUGAACUUUAUUCUGUUUUGAGUGAAGACGUUUUAAAGUUGUACAUUUCUCCCUCUGAAACCUGUAGAUGCUCUUCAGCCUGACAAGGUUCAACCAGUUGCCAUUUCCAUGUUUAAUUCAGUGAUCAGUGUUUCAGUGCUCUGUAUUUCUCAUGUUCAGAGCUCCCUCCUCCGUCUGUGGCUCUCAGAUCCAACAUCACUGGUUCCUGCUGAAGAAUAAACCUUUAAAACUGUUCACUCGUUCAUUUGUUGGGGACUAUUUUCAGCAGCGGAUUAA